AUGUUUUUCUAUUUAAGCACAAGUUGGGGCUCAAAAAACCAGAGUCUUGCUCGAAAAGUGGCCAUGACAACAACUAUUAAAACAACUUCGGAACCAACAACCGAGAAGACAACUACUGUAAAGACUACAACAGAACCAACAACUGAAAAGACAACUACUGUAAAGACUACAGCAGAAGCAACAACUGAGAAAACAUCAACUCAAAAGACAACUACUGUAAAGACUACCACUGAACCAACAACCGAGAAAACAACUACUGUAAAGACUACAACAGAACCAACAACUGAGAAAACAUCAACUCAAAAGACAACAACUAUUAAAACAACUACGGAGCCAACAACCGAGAAGACAACUACUGUAAAGACUACCACAGAACCAACAACCGAGAAGACAACUACUGUAAAGACUACUGCAGAACCAACAACUGAAAAGACAACUACUGUAAAGACUACAGCAGAACCAACAACUGAGAAAACAUCAACUCAAAAGACAACAACUAUUAAAACAACUACGGAGCCAACAACCGAGAAGACAACUACUGUAAAGACUACCACAGAACCAACAACCGAGAAGACAACUACUGUAAAGACUACUGCAGAACCAACAACUGAAAAGACAACUACUGUAAAGACUACAGCAGAACCAACAACUGAGAAAACAUCAACUCAAAAGACAACAACCGUUAAAACUACUACAGAGCCAACAACCGAGAAAACAACUACUGUAAAGACUACAACAGAACCAACAACUGAAAAGACAACUAAUGUAAAGACUACAGCAGAACCAACAACUGAGAAAACAACAACUCGAAAGACAACAACUAUUAAAACAACUACGGAGCCAACAACCGAGAAGACAACUACUGUAAAGACUACCACAGAGCCAACAACCGAGAAGACAACUACUGUAAAGACUACCACAGAGCCAACAACUGAAAAGACAACUACUGUAAAGACUACCACUGAACCAACAACUGAAAAGACAACUACUGUAAAGACUACCACAGAACCAACAACUGAAAAGACAACUACUGUAAAGACUACAGCAGAACCAACAACUGAGAAAACAACAACUCGAAAGACAACAACUAUUAAAACAACUACGGAGCCAACAACCGAGAAGACAACUACUGUAAAGACUACCACAGAGCCAACAACCGAGAAGACAACUACUGUAAAGACUACCACAGAGCCAACAACUGAAAAGACAACUACUGUAAAGACUACCACUGAACCAACAACUGAAAAGACAACUACUGUAAAGACUACCACAGAACCAACAACCGAGAAGACAACUACUGUAAGGACUACAACAGAACCAACAACUGAGAAAACAACAACUCGAAAGACAACAACUAUUAAAACAACUACGGAGCCAACAACCGAGAAGACAACUACUGUAAAGACUACCACAGAGCCAACAACAGCCAACAACCGAGAAGACAACUACUGUAAAGACUACCAAAGAACCAACAACCGAGAAGACAACUACUCAACAACUACGGAACCAACAACCGAGAAGACAACUACUGUAAAGACUACCACAGAGCCAACAACUGAAAAGACAACUACUGUGAAGACUACCACAGAACCAACAACUGAAAAGACAACUACUGUAAAGACUACAGCAGAAACAUCAACUGAGAAAACAUCAACUCAAAAGACAACAACUAUUAAAACAACUACGCAGCCAACAACCGAGAAGACAACUACUGUAAAAACAACCACAGAACCAACAACCGAGAAGACAUCUACUGUAAAGACUACCACAGAACCAACAACUGAAAAGACAACUACUGUAAGGACUACAGCAGAACCAACAAGUGAGAAAACAUCCACUCAAAAGACAACAACUAUUAAAACAACUACGGAGCCAACAACCGAGAAGACAACUACUAUAAAGAUUACCACAGAACCAACAACUGAAAAGACAACUACUGUAAAGUCUACAGCAGAACCAUCAACUCAAAAGACAACAACUAUUAAAACAACUACGGAGCCAGCAACCCAAAAGACAACUACUGUAAAAACAACCACAGAGCCAACAACCGAGAAGACAACUACUGUAAAGACUACCACAGAACCAACAACUGAAAAGACAACUACUGUAAAGACUACAACAGAACCAACAACUGAGAAAACAUCAACUCAAAAGACAACAACCGUUAAAACAACUACGGAGCGAACCAACGAAAAGACAACUACUGUGAAGACAACAACAGAACCAACAACUGAAAAAACAUCAACUCAGAAAACAACAACCGCUAAAACAACAACGAAGCCAACAACCGAAAAGACAACAACUACAAAAGUCACCACCGAGCCGACAAACACAAAGACUACCUCUGAGCCUGCAACUCAAAAGACAACAACUAUUAAAACAACUACAGAGCCAACAACCGAGAAGACAACUACUGUAAAGACUACCACAGAACCAACAACUGAGAAGACAACUACUGUAAAGACUACAACAGAACCAACAACUGAGAAAACAUCAACUCAGAAGACAACAACCGUUAAAACAACUACGGAGCCAACAACCGAGAAGACAACUACUGUAAAGACGACCACAGAACCAACAACUGAAAAAACAUCAACUCAGAAAACAACAACCGCUAAAACAACAACGAAGCCAACCACUGAAAAGACAACAACCCACAGAGAAGUCAUCAACUGA